AUGGCGUUCCCAAAUAAAGAGUCCGUUCCUAAGGAAUUAGUCUAUAUGCAAAUGGUUCAAGAAUCAUGUAUUUUUAAAGUUGCUUUAAGUGGUGUAGCGGGAUUCGCAUUAGGUGGUCUGUUUGGGAUGUUCAUGUCCUCGUUCGAAAUGACAUCAACCGACCCUGCAAUAUAUGAACAACCAAUGAAACAACAAUUAAAGGCCACAGCAAAAGACAUGGCCAAACGAUCUUUUUCUAUGGCUAAAAAUUUUGCUGUCGUUGGUGCUAUAUUUUCUGGUACUGAAUGUGUUAUAGAGGGGUAUCGUGCUAAAAACGACAUAUAUAAUGGUACAGCUGCAGGAUGUAUAACUGGUGCAUUACUAGCUGCUAAGGCAGGGCCUCAGGCUACUUUAAUUGGGUGUGCAGGGUUUGCCGCGUUUUCUACGGCUAUUGACUUAUUUAUGAGGCGUGAAGUAGAUAC